AACACGUUGCUUACCAAAAUUUAUAACUCAAAAUACAGAAAUCAAGUACUCCUAUUAUUGUACAACCAUUUUAGUUGAGCCGAACCACCGCCGCCUGCUUGCUGACCGGCUACGCCGUCGCCUGUCGCUCUUGUAAUCGGUAUUAGUUUUCCCAAAGUUUUGGGAGUAUGGCAAGAUCUUUAGCUAAUAUUUUUUACAAAGGCAUUUUUGCAGUUCCAGCUGCUAGUUCAACUGCAUCUGGAUCCUUUUAUCAGGGCAUACUUCGUUUUUCCACUUCUGUGCCCAGUGAUCCUGAUACACAUGAAGACUUCAGACCCACAACUAAAGUUGAGACUUCUGAAAUCUCCUUGAAGGACAUUGUUGAGCAGGAUAUUAAAGAAAACCCUGUGAUGUUAUACAUGAAAGGUGUGCCAGAAGCUCCUCGAUGUGGAUUCAGUGCACUAGCAGUGAGGGUCUUGAGAGAAUAUAAUGUUCCUAUUGCUUCCAGAAAUAUAUUAGAAGACCUUGAGAUAAAGAAUGCUGUAAAAUCCUUCAGCCACUGGCCGACAUUCCCUCAAGUAUUCAUCAAUGGGGAUUUUGUUGGGGGAUCUGAUAUCAUUCUUAGCAUGCACGAGACUGGUGAAUUGAAGGAGAAACUGAAAGCCGAUGCAGAAAAACAACAAUAAAAUACGCAGUUGCUGGAUGAAUAGGAUGAUCCUCUACCUAAGAACAGAGAUUGCCAAAAAGUCAUCCCUGAGACAGAGAUUGCCAAGGCUUCAUCGACUUCGUUGCUCAUCUGCUCCAAGACGAGACCUUCUGCAUCCGAGGCUCUGAAAUUACAGUACCCUUCCUUAUGAACCCAUGAGAAAAGAAGGAUAGUCUUUGAUCCGACUUGUCUUCACUGAUCUGCAAAUCACUCUUCAAUGCGGCUAUAUUGCACAGAAUCGGAAGGUGUGAUUGGUUUUAACAGAUGAUCCAAUCUUCCUUUACCCAUUGCCAAAAAUUGUAUCUUGAUUAUUACAAAACAGAAUCUUCCUCUGUUUUUUUUUCGCUGGGCAGGAAAGGAAGUGACCACUCUUGUUGUAAAUGAUGUGUGAUAAUUCUUUUAGGUGAUUUUGUUAUAAUAGCUUGUGAAAAUUAGUUUCUUGUUCAAUUUUGGUUGUACUCACUUUCAUCAAUUUUCGAUAUUAACUCAAUCUUCUCAUAUUCAA